CUCUUAUCAGUGAAUUAUUUCCCUACCAACUCACCGGACCUAUUCUCCGUCCUCGAAUCUACACCACUUGAUCAUCCCCACAGACCAAUGAUCAUCGCUUGAUCACCCGGAGUUGCAAGUUUCCAGUACCUUAAUCCUGUCCCGCAGCCGGCAUGGAGGCCGCUCCUCUCACUUUGGCUCAUACCCAUGCUCGAAAUGCAGUCCUUGAGACUCGCAAGUCAAACCCAGUAGCAGCCAGCGAGGAACAUGAUCUGGCCGCGGGGGAAUUUGCAACCGCCGCCCAACACAGCUCGGACCGAGAGGCUCUCCGAACCCUCCAGCUACUGGAACAACACCACAAGAGACUGGCGCAGAUUCUCCGAUUCCAGCAUGAGAACCCCUCCAACCCUGCCUCGACAAACCAGCCCGCGUCGGCGGAAGCUGGCACAAGAACCUCGACAGAUGCGCAGCAACAACCCCCUAGACUGUCGGGGCACCCUCGACUACCAUCACGAGAGUCGUCGUCCAUCGUCAGCAACCUAGCAUCGGCUCGUGGCAUUCCCUCACAGCCCCGUCGCUCCUCUCCCGCAUCCCCUACUCUCACGUCUCAGCAAGCGGGGGCGAAGAUGACCGAGGGGCCGGCCAAGAUCCGAACCAGCGAGUCGAGACUGCGCGGGAUGCAAGCCCAGGGGAUGAAAGAGCGGGUGGGCCGUUCAUCGACGUCGAACCAGCCCCGAACCCCGCCCCUACCUAGUCCUACCGAUAUCACCUCACAGCAGUUUGCGCCGUCUAACCCUUCCGAGUCCCAGCAGAGGAACCGGACUGUGGCUGAAGAACCGUUCCAAAAGUUCUAUUCCACGUUUGAAGGGCUGAUCUCCAAGAUAUCGGCGCCCCUUGCGUUCGCCGGCUUGCCGCUGGGCUCCGAUGCGGAAUCUUCCGCCAACCGCAAAUCCGCCCCGGACACUCGCACGGACCGGUACAACGCCAUGUCCGACCGUUCCCACCAUGCCGCAGACCCAGACAUCAACAAGAUCUUCUCCAAAGCGGCCCUCCAGGCGAUCCGCGACACCACCGGCGGAACGCCGGGAAAUCCCGCGGAGUCGUUCUAUGUAGUGCCUACCACUGGUGGAACCGUUUCGUACGCGGGGAUUUUGACGCGAGCCGAGAAGGAGGCCCGCAGGAGCAGCGUCGACGAGGGCGACGAGGACUUCGUGGACGCGCGCGAGACCCCGUCCUCGCCCGAGCUCCGGCAGAGUCUGUCUGAUGUCCGAGGCAGCCAGAGAGGCGCAAGGGGCAACGACAAGCUCGCCAGCCUAAACCCCAAGACCAUGGAGGAGCUGCAAAUGGAGAACCAGGCGUUGCGGCAGCUGUCGGAUACGCUGUCCAAGCGGCUGCAUAUGUGGGAGGUCAACGCACAGUCCUCGUCGAUCGCGUUGCAACAGUCCCUCAAGGCGAUGCAUCCCUCGAACGCCCUUUCUCCGGACCGCGCAGCGCAAGGCUCGGCUGCGAUGUCGCCUGUCGGGGACUUGGCCUCGCCCAGCGAGCCGGACCCGCGCAUCAGGGAGCUGGAGGAGGCCGUUCGGCGCAGCGAGAAGCAGAUGAGACAGAUCGAACGGGAUAACGAGAAGCUGCGGAAUCAUCUCUCGCUUUACCGCGAGAAAUGGAAAGGUCUGGUAUCUAAUGCCAGAACCCGGCGGGCGCCGGGGGGGAAGGCUGCCCAUGGCGGAGCCGCGACGCCGCAGGCUGCAAAUCCCAGUUCGUCGGGAGACCCGGGAGACCAGGGAGACGCAGGUAGUCAGGCCAAAGAUGCUGAGACUGAGAACGACCCUAGCAACGAAGCAGAUGGGAAGGAUGUGUAG